CGAUGGGCAAGGCAAGCGCUCAGGCGGAGCCCGAAAGCAACGGCGUGCCGUUUGCAUCCAAGGACGAGGAGGCGGUGUCGUUCUGUAGGUUCAGGCAAAAGCCGGGGCGAGCACGCACACACACGCAGGCCAGCGACCAGUCGACAAUCAGCAGCAGCCCGCCCGACAGCCACAGCCAGGGGUGGUUGGUGCGCGUGUUUGGAGGCAUUCGGCGCAGGAAAACAAUCAGCCAGCAGUCGGCCAGUGACCCACAUAGCCGCAACGGCCAGGAGAAGGGCGCAAAGGUGGUAGGCAGCGUCAAGGACCCGAACAUGGUGAUUCCGGCCGACAUCAUGUUCAGUGUAAGACGGGCGCAGCUGUAUGGCACCAUGAUGCGUUUGCUGGUGCACAACCCGUACUAUCUGAGCCGGGUAAUCAGCCAUGUGAAGUACCAUGAGUGCGAUGCGCUGCUGUCGAUAGUGCUGGACUCGGUGUUUCGCGGGCCAGUGCACGAGCCGUCGCUGAUAGUGCUAUUUACGAAAAUCAUCGAGCUCGAGAUCGAGCGCACGACGUCCAUCGACACGGUGAUGCGCAAUGAUGCGCCCAGCGUGCACAUGCUGUCGGCGUACCUGAAAAACAGCAGCUGCCUCGAGUACCUGCAGGAAGCGGUGGGCCCGACGAUCGAGACCGUGGUGGAGCUGGGGAGUGCGAGCCUGGAGUCGGAGCUUGGCUCAGUGUACCAGGACUGGGCACGCACGCAGGAGUCGCGCAGGACUGCCGCCGCUGGGUACACGGAGGUGCAGAACCUGAGCCGGCGGCGGCAGCGGCAGCUGGUGCAUCUGACCACGCACUGCUUGCACAACAUCAUCAAUGCGCGGCCACAGGUGCCUGUGGGGCUGGAUGUAGAUGACACCAAGGCGUAUUCGCUGGUGGGCGGCAUAUUCUUUCUGCGCUUUGUCAAUGCCGCACUGGCAUCGCCAAACAUUUACGGGCUGCUGGAUGCAAGUCCGACGGGCCAGAUUAAGACGAAUCUGAAGCUCGUGGCCCGGCUGAUGCAGCGGCUGUCGAAUUACUCAGCCAAGCCUGCGGAUGAGUGGCCUGCGGAUGCCCGCGGGUUCAUUGAGCCAAAUCCUGCAGCCGAGUUUGUUUCCGUGUCACCACCGUCGGCUGCCAGCGCCCAAAAUGGGAGCAAGGAGCAGAGCCCAGACUUUGUGCGCUCGGCAGCCACGGCAUCGACCGUUUCGGCCAAAUCUCUGCCACUGCAUCUCGCUUGCUCGUUUCAGACUGUUGUUGCGUGCAAGUCCCAGUCGCCAGGGGAGACGACGCUCUGGUCGCCCAGUCUUCCUCCAAGGAAUCCCCCGUUGGCACUACCGCCAGAACUGCCCACUACAUCGCCUCCGCCCCUGCCAUCCGACGAUACCACUGUGGACAUGGGAAUUACUAACAGCGGAUGUGCUGGAUCCGAAGCGAAGCUCGAUUUGGCACCAAUUGAAUCGACAGUCGGCUUUGAGAAGCAAAUAUGCGAUGGCGUUGCCCUGCCGCGGCAGGACAUUGCAUUGGUGCCAACAGGGUCGACAGUCACAGACUCGGCAAGGACGUCGGGCGACGGGCCGGCAAAACCAUGGCCCGGCAACUUGCCCAGUAUUGCGCGGCAGACAAACGCCGAUCACCCGCAGCGGGCCAGCUCCGAGGACCGGAGAUCCGAGUCUGGCAGCAGUCGCACCAGCCCCGUGCACCGCAAAACGGCGCGCAAAUCACCAGAGUACAAGGCGCCGGGCUACCUGGAGAUGUACCAGGAUGCGUGGGCGACCGACGAGUCCAAAAUGGCUAGGGAGUGUCUGAGGGACCUGGGCGUAGCCCCUCCGCUUGUCCGGCAGAGCAACAAUCACCUAACGCGUAUCCCGCUCAUAUGAGACGAACCCGGGAACUGCCAUUCUCAAACAGUCCUCUUCUGUAAAGUGUGCAUAAAUAAAAGCCCCAGAGAAAAGCUCUUU